UCGAGUGCUGCCAAACCUGCUCGUCAUUACUUGCAAAAAGGAAAACAUUCACGACAGACGCGAAUUUCAUCUCAAAACUAGAAUUUACAAAAUGGACGCUGCCCUAAAAGUAACACCGAAAAUGCCGGCAACGUUCAACGAAUUCUUGGGGCACUUGGAGCCGCGCGAUGAAACUUGUGCCGCUCAACUGCAGGCCGUCCAUCCUCUGAAGCAAUCUGAGUUGAACUACAAUCAACAUCGUCACAAUCUCAACAUGCAAAUGCUGCGAAAACACGAGGGUCUUGCGGCACCCCUGAAAAUUGCAAUGGAGCUGAAAGCCGUUUCGAAGGUCGGUCAUUUGCCGUUCCUUCCGUCGUCAAAUGUAGCCCGUGAUGUGCUGACCGGCCACGAUGAGGUGAUCGAAUUCACGGACAUAUUCAACUUGGAAGAACACCAGGAACUUUUGCGUCAACCCCAUGCAGUGAUGGAGAAGGUGUUGGGAAUGUAAUCACGAUUCUUUAUAAAAUUUGCGUCGAGUGAUGGGUUUACAAUAAAUUCUUAAGGACGAUCGUUCGUAAAGUGUGUGUAGUUUGGCACUUUGUACUUACAUUUUGAAUAAAUUAAACGAGUAUCAGACGUGGGCGUAGUA